ACUCGCAGCUCGGUCCAAGAAAUCCACCUCGCGGUCAGCGGCAGCGCUCGGAGGAAGGCCUCCUCGUUGCCGGCUUUACUCUAGAAAAUGCCUGACAGGUGUAGAGAUUUUAGCCAUUGUAAUGCCUCGAUGCAUGCAACCCGUUCAUCUCUAAACAUGUGCGAUGGUCUUAUCAGCUCUAGUACCAGUGAGAUGGCUCAGGCUUCGUCAUGCAUUACAGCAGACUGAGGCAGGUGAACGGUGCAACCCGAUGGUUUUCGUCAGCUGUUAAUCAAAAGCACGCGUCGAUUACCGGGUUCGUUUCUGUAGCCGCUGUUGAGCGUUCAGAAAUCUCGCUGAUCGCGCCGUCGCGUACCGUGAUAGUCCUGCGUGGCCUAAAGCUUGACGUCAGGCACUUUGAUUGACGCAACGCGAACAUAGGGGGUGCGGUAGAAAAGGACUUCGCAAGGCAAGGAAAGCCCUAGACACAUUCUCUUCUCCCAUCCAUGAUCCCGCCAGUAAACACAAUGAUAACUGCCACACUCGUCGUGAUGAAUCUAUGUUACUCCAUAUACUGCUGCACAUCACGGAUCGAACCAGCACUGGACCGCACACCCAGGACAGACCAGCAGAUUAAGAUCGCCUUCCUUACAACUGGAUGCUUGAACAUCGCCAUCGCAUUCCUUGGCCUCAAGGAGCGCUGGACGACCCUGCCUGAUGUCGCACACGACGUGUUGGAGAACGUAUAUGGAGCUGGGCUAUUAAUCUCGGGUGUGUGCCAUUGCGUGACAGCAGCCAGAGUGGCGAAGAUGCAAUGGAGCAGAGUCGCAGAGAUGGAUGACGUUUGGAUAACGGAGAAGUGCACAACUCUCGUGGCAGAAGAUUUGCGGGCGUCGCAUUGAUAAUAUAGGAGGAGAGUUGAGAUAUUUCAACCGAGAAUGUGGCACGCGCAAAAAGGUACUUAUUGUGGAAGGAUCAGGUCGUUGAGCCAGGCGAAAGAAUUGGAUGGGAAAUGGAGCUGUAAGACAAGUGGUCAACAGGAUGUGGCUGUGACAUCUGAAUCUUCUCUGAUGUCUACACGCAUCGAAACAAAAUUGAGUCCUACCGCUGGAUUUUGCGUCAAGUCGACUGUACAGCAAGCUACCGUAUUGAACUCGCUACGAAAGAGAAUGUUCUCGAGCCUCGGGUGCUGCCGGUUCCAGUGGGAUUGAAAGUCUUCGUGAACAUUGCAUACGAUGGUAACGUUCCUCCGCCACCCGAAGGGAAUGAGGAAGCCAUCCAGCGAGCGAUGCGCGGCGAAGAUGACGCGGAUAAACCAGACCCGGGUGCAUGGUUUGUUCCUGUCGUUGUUUCGCCCAUUAGGGAGACAAAGACAAAGCUGGCAAACCGUCCCUGGUCUUAGACUGUGUCUACAAUUCUUCAAUCCGUUCGAGGAUUCUGCGGGACCCCUUGUUCAAAACAUUCAU